AUGGCCCGCACCAAACAAACUGCCCGAAAGUCAACCGGUGGCAAAGCCCCUCGAAAACAACUUGCCGCCAAGGCUGCCCGAAAAUCAGCACCUUCCACCGGAGGCGUCAAGAAACCCCACCGAUACCGUCCUGGGACUGUAGCUCUUCGUGAAAUUCGUCGAUACCAAAAAUCCACCGAACUCCUCAUCCGAAAAUUACCUUUCCAACGCCUGGUGCGUGAGAUCGCCCAAGACUUCAAGACCGACUUGCGAUUCCAGUCCUCUGCGGUCAUGGCACUCCAGGAGUCAGCCGAGGCCUACCUUGUCGGAUUGUUUGAGGACACCAACUUGGCCGCUAUCCAUGCCAAACGGGUCACCAUUCAACCCAAGGAUAUCCAACUGGCGCGCAGAUUGAGAGGAGAACGAUCCUAG